AUGGCCCGUCUCUAUGGUCCUGGCGGCGCUCCCGGAAGCCGCUCUGUCCCCCCCAUCGUGGCCCGUCUCUAUGGUGCCGCUCCCCGCGCCGCGGGUCCUCCCGCCUGCCAGGCGGCGCUGCCCGCCCCGCCCGCGGCGCUUCCGGCCGCUCCGGGCCGCCACUUCCGGGAGCCGCGCGCGGCGAUGGCGGCCGAGGGGCCCGAGGAGGGGCCGGGGGGCCCUGGGGGACGGGGACGGCAGCGUCAACGGGGGCUCCUCCUCGGGCCCCGCCCCCGAGGAGCCCCCCCAGGAGCCCCCGGCCCUGUCCCCCCUGCCCCCGAGUUCGAGCGGCUCUGGGGGGCGGCCCAGGCGAACCCGCACGACUUCGGCGCCUGGACCGACCUGCUGGGCUACGUCGAGCAGGAGAACCUGCUGAGCGGCGCCCGCCGCGCCUUCGACGCCUUCUUCGGGCACUACCCCUACUGCUACGGCUACUGGAAGAAAUUCGCCGACAUGGAGCGGCGCCUGGGGAGCACCCGCACCGCUGAGGAGGUUCUGGAGCGUGGCCUGCAGUCCAUCCCGUUAUCCAUGGAUUUAUGGAUCCAUUCCAUCUCCUUCCUGCAGUCCAUCCCGUUAUCCAUGGAUUUAUGGAUCCAUUCCCUGUUAUUCCUGCAGGUUUUGGAGCGUGGCCUGCAGUCCAUCCCGUUAUCCAUGGAUCUCUGGAUCCAUUCCAUCUCCUUCCUGCAGUCCAUCCCGUUAUCCAUGGAUUUAUGGAUCCAUUCCAUCCCAUUUUCCCAGGUUUUGGAGCGUGGCCUGCAGUCCAUCCCGUUAUCCAUGGAUUUAUGGAUCCAUUCCAUCUCCUUCCUGCAGUCCAUCCCGUUAUCCAUGGAUUUAUGGAUCCAUUCCCUCUCCUUCCUGCAGUCCAUCCCGUUAUCCAUGGAUUUAUGGAUCCAUUCCAUCUCCUUCCUGCAGUCCAUCCCGUUAUCCAUGGAUUUGUGGAUCCAUUCCAUCUCCUUCCUGCAGUCCAUCCCGUUAUCCAUGGAUUUAUGGAUCCAUUCCAUCCCAUUUUCCCAGGUUUUGGAGCGUGGCCUGCAGUCCAUCCCGUUAUCCAUGGAUUUGUGGAUCCAUUACAUCUCCUUCCUGCAGUCCACCCUGGACAUGGCCCAGCCCGAGUCUGUCCAGAAGGUUCGCGGGGCGUUCGAGGCGGCGGUGGCGGCGGCAGGGAUGGAUUUCCGCUCGGACAAGCUCUGGGAAUUGUACGUGGAGUGGGAGCGGGAGCGGGGGGAGCUGCGGGCGGUCACCGCCAUCUACGACCGCCUGCUGUCCAUGCCCACCCAGCUCUACAGCCACCACUGGGACAGGUUCAAGGAGCACGUCCUGCACAACCCCCCCCGGGCCAUCCUGUCCCCCGAGGAGCUGCUGUGGGUGCAGUCCAAGCUGGCCACGGAGCCCCCCCCGAAGCCCCCCGAGCCCGAGGGCACUGAGGGACCCCGGGAGGAGCCCCAGCACGGACGGCAAAGGGGGCUGGGGGGCUCAGGUAAAUCCCCCUUCCCCCCGUUUCGGGGGGUUCUGGGUGUCCCCCUCGUUUCUGGGGGGUCUCUCCCCGUGUCCCCCCCUCCUCCCAGCCCGUCCCUGCCCCUGCAGGAGGAGCUGGACCAGGAGAAGAUCCGGGAGCUCGUGAUUUCCAUGAGGCAGCAAAUCCACGCCCAGAACGAGGCCGAGGUCGGAAAGCGCUGGAACUUCGAGGACGGGAUCAAACGUCCCUAUUUCCACGUGAAGCCGCUGGAGCGGGCUCAGCUGCGGAACUGGCGCGAGUACCUGGACUUCGAGGUGGCCUCGGGGAACCACGAGCGCACGAUCGUGCUCUUCGAGCGCUGCGUCAUCGCCUGCGCCCUCUACGAGGAGUUCUGGAUCAAGUACACACGAUAUUUGGAGUCCCGGACCGUGCCCGGCGCCCGCAGCGUCUUCCAGAGAGCCUGCGGGUUCCACCUGCCCCGAAAACCCAACAUCCACCUGCUCUGGGCGGCCUUCGAGGAGAAACAAGGUAACGUGGAGGAGGCUCGGCGCAUCCUGCAGGGUUUCGAGCUGGCUGUCCCCGGCCUGGCCAUGGUGAGGCUGCGCAGGGUGAGCCUGGAGCGCCCAGAACCCCCCAGGGACCCCAAUAACCCCUUUUUUCCCCCU